CCGGAAGUGAGCGGCGCCGCGCCGGAAGCGGCGGGCAGUAGGGUCCGCGUGGAGCCGCCGGCAGCAUGGGGCAGUCGGGGCGGUCCCGACACCAGAAGCGGGCUCGGGCCCAGGCGCAGCUCCGCAACCUCGAGGCCUACGCCGCGCAGCCGCACUCGUUCGUGUUCACGCGCGGCCGCGCGGGCCGCAGCGUCCGGCAGCUCAGCCUGGACCUGCGGCGGGUCAUGGAGCCCCUCACUGCUACCCGCCUGCAGGUCCGGAAGAAGAACUCUCUGAAGGAUUGUGUGGCAGUGGCCGGGCCCCUUGGCGUCACACACUUUCUGGUCUUGAGCAAGACAGAAACCAACAUCUACUUUAAGCUGAUGCGCCUCCCGGGAGGCCCGACGCUGACCUUCCGGGUCCUCAAGUACACGCUGGUACGGGACGUGGUGUCGUCCCUGCGCCGCCACCGGAUGCACGAGCAGCAGUUCGUCCACGCGCCCCUCCUGGUGCUCAACAGCUUCGGCCCCCAUGGCAUGCAUGUGAAGCUCAUGGCCACCAUGUUCCAGAACAUGCUUCCCUCUAUCAAUGUGCACCAGGUGAACCUCAACACCAUCAAACGCUGCCUCCUGCUCAGCUUUGACCCCGACUCCCAGGAGCUGGAGUUCCGCCACUACAGCAUCAAAGUGGUCCCGGUGGGCGCCAGUCGGGGGAUGAAGAAGCUGCUGCAGGAAAAAUUCCCCAACAUGAGCCGCCUGCAGGACAUCAGCGAGCUGCUGGCGACGGGCGCGGGUCUGUCGGAGAGCGAGGCUGAGCCCGACGGGGAGCACAACAUCACGGAGCUGCCGCAGGCCAUUGCAGGGCGUGGGAACAUGCGGGCGCAGCAGAGCGCAGUGCGGUUGACCGAGAUCGGGCCCCGCAUGACACUGCAGCUCAUCAAGAUCCAGGAGGGCGUCGGGGAGGGCAACGUGCUGUACCACAGUUUCGUGCAUAAGACGGAGGAGGAGCUGCAGGCCAUGCUGGCUGCCAAAGAGGAAAAGCUGCGGGCCAAGGCGCAGAGGCAGGAGCAGCAGGCGAAGAAUGUCCAGCUCAAGCGCGAGCGGCGGGAGGCCCACAAAAAGAAGAGCCUGGCGGGCAUGAAGCGGGCCCGGGCUGAGGGGGACAGUGAUGCCGAGGACCCUGGGGCCCCCCCGGAGGCAGAGGGGACCAGCCAGCCUGGUGACGAGGAGGACGAAGCCGAGUAUUUCCGCCAAGCUGUGGGCGAGGAGCCCGAUGAGGACAUGUUCCCCACGGCAGCCAAGAGGCGGCGGCCAGGAGGGCCACCAGGCCGGAGACAGGGCAGGGAGCAGGGACGGAACAGACGUGCCCAGGGGAGACCCUCGAAGACCCAGGGCAGGCCCUGGGGGGCCCAGGGCAAGAUGGGCCCUGGGAGUGCUGGGCGGGCCCGGGGCCCUGCCAAGCGCCCCAAGAAGCCUGCCUGAGGUGGAGCUGGCGACAUGCCCCAGAUUGGGGCCUCAGUUUCCUUCCAUGAAGGAGCAGCCCCUCCCCUUCCCUUGGCAAUAAACC